CCCCAAUGCCCCAGUGCGGCGCUAGGGGGCGCUGUGCUGCAGGCUCAGGGCUCAGCAGGGGGCGCUCUCCCCGGGCAGGCAGUGCUGGGUUUGUCUCACUGGUUUACUUUGCAGCCUCUCUAGCUCCUCAGACCCUGGCUCGAGACCCAUGGGAGACGUGUUUGAUCCACCGCAGGGGUGGAACAAUUGCUGGCCACAGCUUCCUGCCCAAUGGCUGUGGCUGGGGGUGUAAACGGGCAUGAGCUCAGCGCUGGGGGGAGCGUGAUGACGGCUGAGACUGAGAACACAGGAGACCUCGUGCGGUGUCUUGGUCACCUUCAAAGCACAUCUCUCCCAGCAGAGACACAGACCAACCCUGGCUGCUGGCAGGCCCCAGAGCCGAAAUAUUCCUCAACUCAGUUCCUGAGGCAGUCUGAGCCGCCUACCACGACAGGAUGCAGAGCUGUCACCCUUUGCUCUCCCACAGCCAGCAUUGCUGUACAGCUCCAACCCAAGUUGAACACAAUUGAAAUCUACAUUUAACACAGCAUCCCUUGUGGAGAGUUCAGAGGCCGACGGCCCCUCCUGGGUGGGGGAACACAUCACAUCAGCCAUGCCCAGAUGCGGUGCCUUCAUCCCCCUCCUCCUCUUCAUCCUCCCCGGGGCCUCCUCCCAUUGUUACACAGGCACGGAAAAUGAAUGCAAGAAGCACAUGGCCUUAGUGCCCGGGCACAGCUUGGUAGGAAGGGGCAUUGAUGUGACCACGAUGGGCAGGAAGGGGGCCGAUCUGGUCAACAGCAGCCUCUGGCAGCACGAGGACGGCACCUGCACCCUGUGUGAGAACCAACUGCAGGGAGGGCAGUGGCAGAGGCUGCCACUGGCCGUGGUGGACUGGCGGGUCCACGUCUCGUGCCGCCGGAAGCUGAGCAGCUCGGUGCAGCAGUCGGCGAUGGGCAUGAUGGAGUCGGCAGCGUCCGCGGUGCAGAACGACUGGAAGGUGGGGCUGGACGUGCCUGUGAAGCCCAAGGUUAAUGUCCAGGUGGCGCUGGCCGGCUCACGCUCCAAACUGGCCAGUUUCGUGGUAGACCACACGCGGAUGGACAAAUACAGCUUCAUGAGCCACGAGGUCUCCUGUGGCUAUUACAGGUUCCGGGUCAGCGAGACGCCCCCGCUCACCAGCCAUUUCACUCUGGCGCUCGAGAACCUCCCGGGCCAGUACGACAGCAAAUCGAAGGUGGAGUACCAGCAGCUAAUCAGCAACUACGGCACCCACUACGUGUCCCAGCUGCAGCUGGGGGGCCGGGCGCGGGACGUGACGGCCGUGCGGGUCUGCGAAGCGGCAUUGAGCAGCUUGACUGACGACGAGAUCAAGGACUGCUUGAGCAUGGAGGCGUCUGUGAGUAUCGGAACGGGCUCAGUCAAAGGUGGGAACAGCAAGUGCGAGGAGGAGAAGAAGAAGGGGAAGGUCCAGGGGAGCUUCCAUGAGAUGUAUCGGGAGCGCCACGUGGAGGUUGAGGGAGGAGAGAGCACGACUGAUGUGCUCUUCUCCGGCAGUGAUCCCAAGGUCUUCUCGGCCUGGAUUGAGAGUCUCAAAGGGAACCCUGGCCCGGUGUCCUAUUCGCUGCAACCCAUCCACAACUUGCUGGAGCAGAACGACCCAAAGCAGAAGGCGCUGAGGCAGGCAGUCAGUGAGUACAUCCGUGAGAGGGCCCUGUGGAGGAAUUGCACCCGAAGCUGCCCUCAGGGGACUCAACGCAGCGCCCAUGACCCCUGCUCCUGUGUCUGCCCCGGGGAUACCAUGACCAACACCAUGUGCUGCUCACGGGAGCGCGGCCUGGGGAAGCUGAUGGUCACAGUGAAGAAGGCCAGUGGCCUGUGGGGGGAUUACUUUACCGCUACGGAUGCCUUUGUCAAGGUCUUCUUUGAGAGAAGGGAGAUCCGGACCGGCACCAUCUGGAACAACAACAAUCCCGUCUGGAACGUCCACUUGGACUUUGGUACCGUCCGCAUCACCAGCACCAGCAAGAUCCACAUAGAGGUCUGGGACGAGGACAACAAGUGGGACGAUGACCUCCUAGGAGGCUGCGACAUCCCGCUGGAGGCUGGGGGGCCCCACCAGAAGGAUUGCUACCUGAACCACGGCCGCAUCUGGUUCCAGUACAGCCUGCGCUGCGGGCCCCACCUCGGGGGUCGGAGCUGCCUCGACUAUGUCUCCCAGCCACCCCAGCUGGGAACAGCCAAGGGGAAGGAGGUGGAGGCCUUCUGGUGAGCCCUUGAUUGGAGGGGGACAUGGAUGUGCACUGGUCACUAGCGCUCCCUGUCCCCCAGAGCAUUUCCUAGUUCCCGCUCUGCUGACACUACUGAGCUUCAUGCUGUCACUCCUGCUCGGGAAUCGGUGUCUACUAUGCCCCUAAGAGACUGUCUGCUCCUGUGGCCCGAUAUCCUCGCAGCUCCCUCUGGGAAAACAUUUCACCAUGAACCGCACGUUCCGGAACCAUCAGACCAGUGUGUCCAAUGAUUCCAGCCAUCCAAUGUAUCCAUCUAACCAACAAACAAAGCAUGUACCUACUGCAUCCAACCUAUCUGCCCCCCGCAUCCAGCCAACUGCCAACCAACCAACCAACCAACCAAUUGUUGCAUUUAGUUUAUUCAACGUAUUCAACCAGUAAACCGCCAACUGGAUUUAGUGUAUCCAAUGUAUCCAACCAACCUAUGAAAGAACGUGUGCAGUGCAUCUACUGUAUCCAUCCCUCCAACCAACCAAUGAAUAUAUCUAGUGCAUCCAACGUGUGCAACAAACCAACCAAUGAAUGUAUCCAAUGUAUCCAAACGACUGAUGAAUUGAUCUAGAACAUCCAAGGUAAAAAACCAGCCAGCCAACCAACCAAUGAAUGUGUUUAGGAUGUCCACUGUAACCAGCCAACCAACAAAUGUAUUUAGCGUAUCCAGCCAACCUGCCAACCAGUGUCUCCAAUGUAUCCAUCCAGCCAACCAACCAGUGUAUGUACCUAGUGCAUCUGGUGUAUCCACCCAACUAACGUCUUAGGUACAUCCAACCAACAUGUGUAGCCAGUGCAACCAACCAACCAAUGAGUAUCAAGUACGUCCAGUCAACCCAUAUGUGCUGGCAGUGCAACUAAUCCACCACCCCACGUAUCCAUCCACCCACUGUAAUUACCUGUCUAGUGCACCCAGCUGAAAAGAGAUCAUGAGGAGAAAAGCUCCACCCCUGUCCUAUUGUGGCAUCAGGGAUUAACCCUCUGCAGAGACCUGAAGAUACUCCAGCGAUGGGCAAGUUCUAAACACGCAGUGGAUGGGCUGGGCUCCUGGAGGGAGGGUUCAUUAGGGGGCUGUUUCCUAGCUGUCAUUACUGGUGCUUUCCACAAUUAUCCAGCAGCUCUGGGGUACAUUAUCUCAUCCUGAAGGUGCAGGCCCCACCCACCAUCCAGCUGGAUGUUCCAUGCUCAGAUGAUCAACAGAGAUGAUGCUUUGUCACUUGCCAUUGGUAGGAUUCAGAGUUAACACCCACGAGGACAUGCAACAGGGCUAUCGGUUCAGGCUGUCAGCCGGCUCAGGGAGAUGGCACUGCAUUGGGGUCACACUGGAGAGGGAAAAUUCCCCCUGAUUCUGGGAUUAAAGCAUCUUCCUGGCUCACCCCUCUCUGCAUCUGUGAGAGCCUAGACUUAUAGUCCCAUGGUGCUGUUAACUGGUAAUGAGGGUUGUUAACUCUGAACCCUAUUGACUGCAAGUUAAAUAUAUCCAGCCUGUUAAAGUGCCAUGCAGCUUUGCAUCUCCACCACAAAAUGAUUUGCUUCUGGGAGGAUUCCAUCUCUCUGGAUCUUUGCAAA